CCCGCCCGCACCCACCGUCCCGCCGCGGGCCCGGGCAGCGCAGCGGAGGCCGCGGAGCCGCUGCCCCAGGAAAUAGACGGGCUCCGAUGCGGGCAGCGCGAUGAAAUUCGGGUGCCUUUCCUUCCGACAGCCCUACGCGGGGUUGCUCCUAAACCAGAUCAAAACAGUGGAGACUCGCUGGCGUCCCUUGCUAGCAGGCUACAAGAACUGCACCAUUGCUGUUCAUAUCGCUGUCAAGGACUGGGAAGACGAAUCGUGGAGAGACAUUCUUCUGAAUAGGCUUGGUAUGACACCAAAACAGCUGCAAGAUUUGUUGGAUGAAGGGGAAAAAUUCGGUAGAGGAGUUAUUGCAGGAGUAAUUGACGUUGGAGAGACAUCACUGUAUCCAGAAAACCUGCCUCCUGAAGAGAUUCUGGAGCUGGAAAACAAGGCUGUCCUCGGUAAUCUAGAAGAAAAAUACUUGACUGUUGUUUCAAAUCCUAGAUGGCUCCUGGAACCACUUCCUGCCAGAGGGAGAACAGGUGUGUGGCAGGUGGACAUCCCUGAAGAACUGAUCCCUUCAGAAGUGUAGGUGUUGCCCCUUACUACUGUCUUCCUGCCUAAAAGCAAACUUGUAAUUCACAAGUCAGCAUCUUGAAUACAUCAGCAUCUUGUUUAGGAUUCCCUUCCAAAACUGGUUGAAAUGGCAAAUACGUUUGAAGAACUGGUCUUUCAAGGCGAAACAAGCCAGAUGUGAUUUUUAUGACUAUUAGUGGAAAUUAUUAAUGUGUUUUCUAGAUUUUUCUAUAUAAACAACUAAGUAAAUGCCAUUUUUUUAAA